AAACGAAACGACGACCACAAACAAAACACCGUCUCUCUCCCUUGUUGCCGCCUAUCGCUUUGCUUUGAUAAAAGCCAUAACUCCCGGCCGUCCAUUGCUCGCCUCUCCUCCCCCUCCCCUUCCCCUUCCCUCCCCGCCGCCGUCUCCGUCGACCGCCAGCCUCGUCCUCCAUGGCCUCUACAAGCCCUACCCCCGCCUCCCUCUCCACGCCCUUGCUCUCCGACUCCAUCGCGCCCGCCGCCAACGGGCACGCCACAAACCACCGACACUCCCACCACCACGACGACAGCGACGGCGCGGCGGCGGCGGCCUCCGUGUGCUGCGACGACGGUGGAGACCCGUUCGCGUUCCUCGCGGAGGACCGGCCGCCGCGGGACCGGGGGGCGCCGUCCCCCGCCGACCCGUUCCGCAACGGCACGCCGGCGUGGGGCGGCGGCGCGUACGCGUGGGCGAGGACGCUGCUGCUCCUUCCCGUUGCGGCGGUCCGGCUGGUCCUGUUUGGGCUCGCCAUCGCGAUCGGGUACGCGGCCACGUGGGUGGCUCUCCGCGGCUGGGCCAACACGCACGGCAGGCCCCGGGAGGGCGGCGGGCCUAUGCCGGCGUGGCGCCGCCGGCUCAUGUGGAUCACGCGGAUCUCCGCCCGCUGCAUCCUCUUCUCAUUCGGGUACCACUGGAUCAGAAAGAAAGGAAGGCCCGCUCCUAGGGAACUCGCACCUAUUGUUGUUUCCAAUCAUAUCUCGUACAUAGAACCCAUAUUCUUCUUCUAUGAAUUGUUCCCAACCAUUGUUUCGUCCGAGUCUCAUGAUGCCCUACCAUUUGUUGGAACAAUUAUUCGAGCGAUGCAGGUUAUAUAUGUUGAUAGAUUCUCACCAGCUUCUCGGAAGGCUGCUGUAAAUGAAAUAAAGAGAAAGGCAGCUUGCAAUAGCUUCCCGCGGGUCCUGUUAUUCCCUGAAGGCACCACAACAAAUGGGAGAUUCCUGAUUUCGUUCCAACAUGGCGCAUUCAUACCUGGCUACCCUGUUCAACCAGUUGUUGUUCGUUAUCCACAUGUGCACUUUGAUCAAUCAUGGGGGAAUAUAUCAUUAUUAAAGCUCAUGUUUAAGAUGUUCACCCAGUUUCAUAAUUUCAUGGAGGUAGAGUACCUUCCUGUUGUCUACCCUCCUGAGAUCAAGCAAGAGAAUGCCCUUCAUUUUGCGGAGGAUACCAGCUAUGCUAUGGCUCGCGCCCUCAAUGUCUUGCCGACUUCCUAUUCAUAUGGUGAUUCUAUGAUUAUGGCACGAGCAGUAGAAGCUGGAAAGGUGAACUGCUCAAAUUACAUGGUAGAAAUGGCUUGGGUUAAAGAUAUUUAUGGUGUAAGCACAGCAGAAGCAAUGGAACUAUUGGAACAUUUCCUGGCUAUGAAUCCAGAUAAUGAUGGACGUGUGAAAGCAGAAGAUUUUUGGGCUCAUUUUGGCCUGGAUUGCAGUCCUCUAUGCAAGAAGAUAUUUCACUACUUUGAUCUAGGCAUCAAGGAAUCGAUUACGUUCCGUCAGUUCUUGGUUGGGUGCGCGCACCUGAGGAAGCAGCCAUUGUUCCAGGGUUCCUGCGAGACCGCCUUUGAGAAGUGCCGGGAUCCUGAAACAUCUGAGAUCUCCAGGGCACAGCUAGCUGAUAUCCUGCGGUCAAGCAUGCUGCUGCCGUCUGAUGAUAAGAUGGUGGAGCUGUUCAAGACGUUCGACAUAGAUGGUGACGAAAAGAUAAGCAGGGACGACUUCAUGACGUGUCUUGGGAGGUUCCCGUUUCUGAUUGCGUUCUUUGCAGCCCGGAUCAAUGGGGAAGUGUACAUCGAGAUAGUCUGAAUGCCUGAGUCAAGGCGAUGCCGUGUAAGAGUAAAGGCUGGAGCAGCCAGUGCCAGGCGCAGGCAGGGGAUCCCUCCGUUUAUGCAAGGGGAUACCCACCGGGGCUCCUCCACUUUGAAACAAAACCACCCUUAGCGUUGGGUUGCAUCAAGUGGCUGACCAGUAUAGUGCGUCGAUUUUGUUUAGUUGCUUCGUUCAAAUUAUUAUAUUGUCAUUACGGAAAUCUGUUGUGAGAUACGCGGUGGACUAGUAGAUUGUUGAUGGAACUGAAAAAUGCACAUAGAAAGCAUUUGCAAUCUGAACUGUAAGAACAUUUUUGGACAAACAAUGACUCUGUAACCUUAAGUUGUUCAUUCUUGUUAGCUGUAGCA